AUGUCCAUCAAAACACCGUUAAGGAGAGUUAGCAGUGGAGCGCUCAAGCAUUCAAAUAAUAGCAGCAGCUUGAAUAUUACUAGCAAAGAUCACCAUCCACUGGAAUUCCUUACACCAGCGCUGACAGACUUAUCUGAUGAGUUGGAUGGAAUUAUAAGCAGCACACAGCAGCUAGUCGAGUUAGACGAUGCCUUAUCACAGUUCAAUCACGGCUUUGGUAGUUUGCUGUGGUCAUUGAAGUUGAAUGCUUAUUGUAUCAACUGGCCUGAAGCGCCUACAGAUGAAUCAUUUGCCCGGGUAAAUGAACUCACAGCGCAAUUACAACAGUCAAUGGCACCCAGAGAACCCAGAGAACCUACACCUGUCGAUACACAAGUAGUCCCACAAGAAUCUCAUUCAAAUCAUUCAAAUCCCGCAGACGAAACACAAGCACAUGAACCAGAACCCUCGCCAGAACCACUCAAACCAAAGCCAAAAGUUGUCAGUGUACAGCUACGUAAGAAAAGGGAGGCGUUUGUCGAUAGCGUUAUAGAUUCACUGCCUUUAGAAUACAGAGGUUCACAACCAGCCUUAAGAAAUGCCAUGUCUAGUGUCCUACAUGCACUUAUGAAGCAUCAAUGUACUACUCCUCAAGGUAAUGGUAUUCGUACACCAGAUAUCGUCAAACAUCCAGAUCUACCUCAAGCCAAGGUAAACAAAUGCCUUAUAGCUCUCGUACAGAAGAAGGCUGUGGUGAAGUGGACGGAGAGUGGUGUCGCUUACUACAGACUACAACUAGAAACCCCUAGGCGGUGA